AUGCUCCAUGGAGUUCUCUCUGCUCAAUGGAAGACAGAGAGCUCCAUGAUUGGACUGGAGCCAGUCAUAGAAAAGGAGGUGAGUCCUGAAAUGGAGGCUGCGGUGUCUGCUGUUGCAUCAACUUUCCAAAACAAAAAAAAUCAAGUGGAAUCUGAGCUUCUGCGGCAACUGCGCUUACACAAGCAAAUGGCCGAAACACAGAGGAAAGAAGGGAUGAACAUCAGCUCGCUGAGACUGUUCACUGGCAAGCGCCUCAGAAUGUUUCCUGCUCCUCCCGUCUCUGAACAGACAACUAUAACAGAGUCCUCUCCUACUCUGUGGGACAUUGAACUAGCCAAGGCAAUUGCAGCUGCCUGUGAACAUCCACCAAGAAAUGGCUUUGAGGAGAUGAUCCAGUGGACCAAUGAAGGAAAACUGUGGACGUUCCCUAUUAACAAUGAAGCUGGUUUUGUUGAAGAGCAGAGUGUGGAGUUUCAUGAGCAUAUAUUCUUGGAUAAGUACUUGGAAGACUUUCCGAAGCAGGGACCCAUCCGGCAUUUCAUUGAGCUUGUAGUUUGUGGCCUGUCUAAAAAUCCAUACUUUACAGUCCAGCAGAAGAAGGAGCACAUUGAUUGGUUUCGGGAUUACUUUAACCAGAAGGAAGAUAUCCUCAGGGAGUGUGAGGUCUACCUAAACUGAAGGGAAUUGGAAGUUGCUGUAGCACCAAUAGGUCAUUCCGAUCAACAUUGCCUUACUGGCAGAACUCUGUUCAUCCAUACAAGAGGAGAUGCCAUAUUAUUCCUUCGUUGUUUCCAUCUGCUUUAAUGAUAUCAGA